AUGCUUUCCCCGCCCCGUUCCCACGGGUACACAUCUGACGCCGUCAGCAGGAUACCCGAGCGACUAAGAAACAUUGACCUUGUGGUAUACGAAAAGAAUGAGGGAAUCGGCGGUGUCUGGUGGUUGAACAAGUAUCCGGGUCUGGCUUGUGACAUCCCAUCUCAUUCCUACCAAUACUCGUUUGCGCCAAAUGCCCACUGGUCAUCUAUGUACGCACCUGGGCGAGAGAUCCAGAGGUACCUCCAAGGCGUGGCAGAAAAGUUUGGCGCCGUGCGCUUCAUCAAGACGCAGCACAAGGUGCUCCGAUGUGCGUGGAAUGCGGCAACCAAGAAGUGGGCUGUCCAAGUGCAGAAGACCGACACUGGAGAGACAUUCGAGGAGAAUGACAUAGACUUUGUCAUAACGGCCCGGGGCCAGCUCAAUGAGAUCGCAUGGCCCCAGGUCCCGGGACUGGACAAAUACCAGGGCAAACUCCUCCACUCGGCGGACUGGGACGAGGAGUACGACUUCCGGAACAAGAAAGUUGGCGUCAUCGGAAACGGCUCCAGUUCCAUUCAGAUUGUACCAAGCCUGCAGCCCGUUGAAGGAUUAAGCAUGACGGUGUUCAUGCGCUCGCCUACCUGGAUCUCCGGCGCAUUUGGCGAUGCUGCGAUGAUUGCACUGGGUCUUGAUCCGAAUGUCACCACAUUGACACCGGAAAAGCGCGAAGCCCUCGCCUCAGACCCUGAGGCCUACCUCAAGUUCCGCAAGGUCAUCGAAGACGGAGGCAACCUCAUCCACGAGGGCACUGUUCAUGGAUCAGCCGUGCAGAAACAUCUCAGCAAGGAAUUCGCGGCUUCGAUGAGGGAGAAGCUGGCCAAGAAGCCCGAGCUCUUCGAUGUGAUCAUCCCGACCUUCGCCCCUGGGUGCCGACGCCUGACCCCGGGCAAGGGCUACCUCGAGGCUCUGGUUCAAGACAACGUAGAGGUCACCAACGAGACCAUCGCCGAGGUCACCGAGACGGGCGUGAAGCUUGCUGGGGGCCGCGAGGUCCAGGUCGAUGCCCUCGCGUGUGCCACGGGCUUCAGGACGAGCGCGCCGCCCAACUUCGAGGUUGCGGGCAGGGAUGGGCUGACCCUCGCGCAACGCUGGAGCCCACACCCGGAGAGCUAUCUGAGCGUGAUGGUGGACGGGUUCCCGAACUAUCUCAUGAUGUUUGGGCCCAACAGCGCCAUCGGCUUCGGGUCCCUCACCAAGAUCCUGGAGAGCGAGUGUGAUUACUGCGUCAAGAUACUGCGCAAGAUGCAGAAAGAAGACUAUGCGACCAUCGAGCCCAAGGCGGAGAGGGUCAGGGAUUUCCAACAGUACGUCGGGGCUUAUUUCGAAGGAACGGUCUACAAGGAUAAGUGCAAAUCUUGGUAUCGAAGCGAAGGAGGCAAGGGAGACUGGAUCAUCGGGCUCUGGCCCGGCUCGACACUCCACGCUCUAGAUGCCCUGAUGUCUCCUCGUUGGGAGGAUUACAGCUUCGAGAGCGCCGAUCCCACAGGCAACGGACUAAGAUGGCUGGGCAACGGCUGGAGCGUGACCGAAACCGAAGGCGACCCGUCGUGGUAUAUCAACCCUGACGAGGUGAACUGGCCCAAGGAGGGCAAGCCAGAAGAGGCGCCACGCUACAAGGCAAGGCCUUGGGCACAUUAG